AUGGCGUCAAGUUCAGUGAGUGAUCUGAGGAUUGUGCUGAUAGGAAAGAAUGGAUCAGAAAACAGCCGAGUGGGAAACACUAUACUGGGUACAGAAGCGUUUCACAGUGAAGCUGCAUCUUAUUCACAGCAGCACAGUGAGACAAUCAGUGGAGAGGUGGAGGAGAGACACAUCACAGUCAUCAACACUCUCCUGCUCCAGCCGAAUCUCUCACAUCAACAGUCAAUACAAGGAGUGAGAGAGUGUGUGUCUCUGUCUGAUCCAGGACCUCAUGUGUUCAUACUCGUACUGCAGUAUAAGGACUUUGAUGAGAACGACAUUCAGAGAGUGCAAACUGAGCUGAACCUCUUCAUGAGUGAUCUGAGGAUUGUGCUGAUAGGAAAGAAUGGAUCAGAAAACAGCCGAGUGGGAAACACUAUACUGGGUACAGAAGCGUUUCACAGUGAAGCUGCAUCUUAUUCACAGCAGCACAGUGAGACAAUCAGUGGAGAGGUGGAGGAGAGACACAUCACAGUCAUCAACACUCUCCUGCUCCAGCCGAAUCUCUCACAUCAACAGUCAAUACAAGGAGUGAGAGAGUGUGUGUCUCUGUCUGAUCCAGGACCUCAUGUGUUCAUACUCGUACUGCAGUAUAAGGACUUUGAUGAGAACGACAUUCAGAGAGUGCAAACUGAGCUGAACCUCUUCAGUGAGCAGGCCAUUAAACACACUAUAGUGCUGACUACUGAUGAGGAGCCACGCGGAUUGAUACAGCUGGCUUAUUUGAUCACAAAUAAUGCUAUUCAUGAUUUAAUAAAGGAGUGUGGUGGAGCACAUCUACAGUUUGAUACAAUAAACCCAGGAUGGCGCUCUGAGUUGUUCAGAAGAACAGAAGAGAUACUCAAGAACGAGCAUGCAGAAUAUCUCAUCUGUAACAAGUAUGAGGAUGGAGGUGAUGAAGCAUCAGUGGAUGAAGAUCUGAGCAGAUCUGGAGCUUCAGACAGAGAAGAAGACGAAGAGGAGGAUUCUGAUCUCAAAGAGAGCACAAAAACAGCAAGUGAUGGAGGAGAUUCAGAGGGUGUGAAGCUGAAUCUGGUUGUGUGUGGGAGUAACAGAGAAUUAAAAUCCUUCACAUCAAACCUGAUCCUGAAGCAGAGCGAGAGCAGAUCCGAGCUGAGCUCCGAGUGUGUGAGGAGAGACGUGGAGCUUGAUGGACGUCUGAUCAGUCUGCUGGAGCUUCCAGCUCUGUUCAACACUCAGCUCCCAGAGGAGGACGUGAUGCAUCAGACUCACCGCUGUGUGUCUCUCUGUCAUCCUGGAGUUCAUGCUUUCAUCCUCAUCAUUCCUGAUGCUCCACUCAAUAAUGAAGACAAAGCAGAAAUGGAGAAGAUCCAGAGGAUCUUCAGCUCAAGAGUCAACAAUCACAUCAUGAUCCUCAUAAAGCAGAAUCCAGAGCAUCAGACAGCAGAACUUAAUGAAGAAACACAGUCUGUCAUUGAGAGAUUUGGAGGACGACAUCAUUUCAUCGGGCUGAACACACAAGUGUCUGAGCUGAUGGAGAAACUGGAGCAGAUGGUUGAGGAAAAUAGAGGUGUCUGUUUCUCCACAGAGACACUGAUGGAGGCACAGAUGGAGAAACUGCAGGAAGUUGAAGAAAUGAAGAAGAGAGUCCAUUCAUUAGAGACGUGGUUUCAAUCACAAGAUUCAAGAGACAGAGAAGAUGAUCUGAGGAUUGUGCUGCUGGGAAAAACUGGAGCUGGGAAGAGUUCAACUGGAAACACCAUCUUAGGAAGAGUCAUGUUUAAAGCUGAAAUAUCUCAAGAGUCUGUUACUGAAGUGUGUCGUAGAGAGAAAGCUGAAGUCAACGACAGACACAUCACUGUGAUCGACACUCCAGGACUGUUUGAUACUGAACUCAGUAAUGAAGAAAUCCAGAGAGAAAUCAGCAACUGCAUCCCAAUGAUUCUGCCUGGACCACAUGUGUUCAUCAUCGUGCUCAAUUUAGGACAACGAUUCACUCAAGAAGAAGCAACAGCAGUGAAGAUCAUCCAAGAGACGUUUGGUGAAAACUCUUUAAUGUACACCAUGGUGCUCUUCACCAGAGGAGAUGAUCUGAAUAAUAAAACCAUUGAACAGUGUUUGGGAAAACCUGGAUCUGCUUUAAAUGAACUGAUUGAAGCGUGUGGAAACAGAUUCCAUGUGUUCAAUAAUAAAGAGACUGGAGACCGAACACAGGUGACUGAGCUACUGCAGAAGAUAGACAACAUGGUGAAAACAAACGGAGAUAGUUACUACUCGUGUAAGAUGUUCAGAGAGAUGGAGAGAGAAAUACAAGAACAACAGAUGAAGAUCCUGAUGGAGAGAGUGGAGCAAGUGAACAGAGAAAAAGAAGAACUGAUGAACAAACAUGAAGAAGAGAAAAAGAGGAUGAAGAUGAAGAUGGAGGAAGAACGACAGAAUCAUGACAAAGAGAGAAAGAGAAGAGAAGAAGAAUUUAUUGAGAGAGAAGAACGAUAUAGACUAGACAUUAAAGAAAGAGAAGAAAAUGAGAGAAAGAUACGAGAGGAGCUGAAGAGAGAACGAGAGGAAUGGGAGAAACAGAAACAAGAAGCAAGACAAAGAAGAGAAGAAGAGGAGGCGAAAUGGAGAAAGAGAGAAGAGGAAAUGAUGGAUGAAGAAAGACAGAAGCGUAAAAGAGAGAAAAAGAGAAGAGAAGAGGAAUUUGACGAGAUGGAAGAGCAAUAUAAAUCAGAGAUGAAAAGAGAACGAGCGAAAUGGGAGAAACAGGAACGACAAGAAAGAGAAAGAAGAGCUGAAGAGGAAGACAGAAGAAGGAGAAUGAAACAACAGGAAGAAUAUGAUGAACAUUGCAAGACACUUAAUCGAGAAAGAGAAAGACAGAGAGAUAAAGCACAACUUCAGUUCCAAUAUGAAGAACAGAUCAGGGAAAUGACGAAGAAGAUGGGGGAAGAAAGACAGAAUCAUGACAAAGAGAGAAAGAUACGAGAGGAGCUGAAGAGAGAACGAGAGGAAUGGGAGAAACAGAAACAACAGGAACGACAAAGAAGAGAAGAAACACCCAACUCUAUUCAACUUGAUACAGGAACUCCUGAGGUCCAGCACACAAACAACAAGUCAGAAUAAAAACCAUCUCAUUUUGAAA